AUGCCAGCCAUAGGUGUCGCAUAUCUUGGCCCAGUCGGCACGUAUACUCACCAGGCGGCACAUCAGAAGUUCGGCCCUUCUGCGAAGUAUGUUGGGCAAGACACAAUAAAAGAUGUCUUCAAUUCAUUGUCCCCCACGAUUCCAUUCGGAGUUGUCCCACAAGAAAACACAAUAUUCGGCAGCGUGAUUGAAACGUACGACCAACUGCGGCACAGUAAUGUUGGAAAGGGCCUCUUCGUUGUCGGCGAAGUGACCUUAGGCGUACAGCAUUGCUUGUUGGCGCGGAAGGGAAUACCCCUUUCAGAAAUCAAGGACGUUCUCAGUCAUGAGCAGGCUCUUGGACAAUGUCAAGGCUUCCUAUCGAAGCAUCUCCCUUCUGCCCGUCAAAUGAAGAUGCCGUCGACGGCCGCCGCAGCGGAAGCUAUUGCUACUUCAGAAGAAUACGCAACGUCGGCAGCGAUUUGCUCCAAGAUAUGCACUACUGUGUUUCCAGAACUCGAUGUUCUGGAAGAAAGCAUACAAGCCAUGAAUGGCAUUGACACAAAUUCGAGUGGCUUAGGAAACCGGGCUCUUAUUAGAAUACAGCACUCCAACGGAGCACGUACCUCAGAUUUAUUGCUCCCUCUGAGUGUCAUCGAUCUAGGAGUUUCCCGGAUAGAUCGACGACCCUCAUUAUGUGGUAACCCUUUCGAAGAUGUGCUUUUCAUCGAAGUAUUCCAGCGUUCCGAAGGAUCGAAAUGGGGCGAUGAGGUUAGCGACGCUAUGCAGCGGGUGAUGAAAGCUGGAUGGAAGGCAUGUUUAUUGGGUAUCUGGCAUUGCUAG